AGGAUAAGGCAUAAGCCCUCUGUUCUCUAUCAAUCGCGAAACUUCAUUUCAUAAACCCUACUCACUCAGUCAGUAACUUCGAAUACGACGAUGGCAGCCAUGGCGUCGACAUCGAUGAACUUGACGACCACCUUUAUUGGACUUGCCAAGCUUCAGAAAACUUCAAUUGCCGGAAAUCAUGUCCCUCGAAUGUGGAGAACUAUCACUUUCCGCCAUCGAGGUUUUGCGACAACCUCACGCUCUAUCCAUCCACCAUUCGCCGCCGUUAGUUUAUCCAGAGCAAAGAGAUUGUCACGCAACUUAUCUGUUGCUGCAACAGCGGCGCCGACGCAACAGGAUGAGGAUUAUGAGGAUUCUGAUGUCUUCACCAAGAUUCCUCCCGACAACCGAAUUCCAGCAACGAUCAUCACCGGUUUCUUAGGCUCAGGAAAGACAACAUUAUUGAACCAUAUACUUACAGCUGAUCAUGGUAAACGGAUUGCUGUUAUCGAGAACGAGUAUGGGGAGGUGGACAUUGAUGGGUCUUUAGUUGCUGCAAAAUCUGUUGGUGUGGAAGACAUUGUCAUGCUUAAUAAUGGGUGUCUAUGCUGCACAGUCAGGGGUGAUCUUGUUAGAAUGAUAGGAGAGUUGGUGAGUAAAAAGAAAGGGAAAUUCGACCAUAUUGUCAUAGAAACUACAGGAUUGGCAAAUCCAGCACCAAUUAUACAAACAUUCUAUGCUGAGGAUCAGAUUUUCAAUGAUGUUAAGCUUGAUGGUGUUGUUACUUUAGUAGAUGCCAAACAUGCUAAUAUUCAUCUUGAUGAUGUUAAGCCAAAAGGAGUUGUCAAUGAGGCUGUAGAGCAAAUUGCUUAUGCAGAUCGUAUAAUAGUCAAUAAGACUGAUCUUGUUGGAAGUGCUGAAGUUUCUGCUUUGAUUCAGAGAAUAAAGGGCAUAAACAGUAUGGCAGAAUUAAAACGUACCGAGUUUGGAAAAGUGGAUUUGGAUUAUGUUCUUGGGAUAGGUGGUUUUGAUCUAGAAAGAAUUGAUGAUGCUAUUGAAGAUGAAGCUUCAAAGGAAGAUGAGCACGAACAUGAUCAUGACCAUGAAAAUUGUCAUAAUCCUGAUCAUGAUCACCACCAUCAUAACCAUGACCAUGACCACAAACAUGAACAUCAUGAUCACACUCAUGAUCCUGGUGUCUCAUCUGUCAGCAUAGUUUGUGAAGGGAGCUUGGAUCUUGAAAAGGCUAACAUGUGGCUUGGGACAUUGUUAAUGGACAGAAGUGAGGAUAUAUACCGAAUGAAGGGGCUUAUGUCAAUUGAUGGGAUGGAUGAGAGAUUUGUGUUCCAGGGUGUACAUGACAUAUUUCAAGGGUCACCAGAUAGGCCAUGGAACCCUGAGGAAUCAAGGGUAAACAAGAUUGUGUUUAUAGGGAAAAAUUUAGAUGCUCAAGAACUAGAGGAAGGUUUUAAAUCAUGUUUAAUGUGAGAGCUCAUAACUUACAGAAUCAAACAUCAUAUGAUUUGAACUUGAACUUGAUACGGAUAAUUGGAUAUGGUUAUACUUUUUGUCGUGA